AUGGCCCAACAACAACUCAAGGACCUGCCCGUCCUCUCCGAGUACGACAUCUCGCCCAUCACCGGUUUCCUGCCCGUCGAAGAGCCCCUCCAGGUCCUGCCCAACCCGUACUUUGCCCCCUGGGAGGAAACCUUCCAAAAGUUCAACGGCCUCCUUCUUGCCUCCAGACUCCGUCAGUAUGUCAACGAGCUUCCGGUUCUGGAUGCAGCCAAGCUCGAGACCAAGGCUGAACAGCGGAGAGGAUACCUGAUCCUGUGCAUGCUCUCCCAUGCCUAUGUCUGGGGCAAGCAUGAGCAGGCCGCAGAGGUUCUCCCGGCUGCGCUGGCCGUUCCAUGGCAAAAGGUCGCGGAUAUGCUCGAGAUUCAGCCUGUGUUGACCCACGCUGCCGUCGUCAUGUGGAACUGGAGACUGUUGUACAAGGAUGGACCCAGAGAUCUCAACAAUUUGGACACGCUGGGAACACUCUCGGGCUCGAGCGAUGAGUCAUGGUUCUACUUGGUAACGACCGCGAUCGAGGCUACGGGCGCUCCCGUCCUGAGCAAGAUCCUCAACGCCAUUCAGCACGCCCGGGACAACACCAUUGUUGGAUUGACACAGGAACUCGAGGGGAUCCGAGGCAUCAUCGAGGACUUGGUCUCUGUCCUCCGUCGCAUGUUUGAGAGAUGCGACCCCUAUGUCUUUUAUUGGAAGGUCCGCCCUUACUUGGCCGGAUGGGAGAACAUGGCCGAGGCCGGAUUGCCCGAUGGUGUCCGUUAUGAGGGCGUCGACAAUGGCGGAUACAAAAGGUUGGCCGGAGGCAGUGCCGCUCAGAGCUCGUUGAUCCAUGCCCUUGAUAUCGCCUUUGGAGUCGAACAUCACCCUACGGGAUUCCGCCCCAACAAGGCUGGCGCCUCUGCGUCCGCCAACAGCAGCCCUGCAGUUCCUUCCCCUUCUCCUGCUGCUACUGGCGCCCCAGCAGCUGUCAAGCCCACCAACUUUAUCCAAAAGAUGCGUUUCUACAUGCCUGGACCCCACCGCAGCUUCUUGACUCAUCUCACAGAGGUCUCCAACAUCCGUCAGUUUGUGACCGAGAAGGCAGCAGGUGAGCGCACUACCGAGGUCGAAAAUUUGAUCACUGUCUAUGACGAGUGUGUCCACCAGAUCAAGGUCUUCCGCGACGUCCAUAUUCAGAUGGUCACUCUCUACAUUGUCAUGCAAGCCAACCGGGGACCCUCCAUCUCUCACGGAGGAUUCGCCCAUCAGCCUCAUGCCCAGGCCCAGAAGACCGAGCCAUCUGCCAACGGAACUGCAGACAAGUCGGCAGCAGCUGCGAAUGGCGCUAACACCAGCAACGUAACAGGAGAGAAGCCCUCGAAGGGAUCGAGCAUUCUUUACCCACAAAAGGUCAUCUUUGGAGCUCCCUACGGAUUGGCCAAGAAGCAGGAGGCUGGAAACGAUGUUGUCCGAGGCACUGGUGGCACUGACCUCAUCCCCUUCCUUCGUCAAUCUCGCGACGAGACGAACGAGUCCAAGAUUGUGCCAACGCCUUCGAUCACGGCAAGAAAGCACUCGACCGCCGCUUAA